AUGGUACUAACCCCAGUACUCCAAGGACAUUCCAUCACUGACCAAGAAAGCCACUAUGUCGUGCAGGAUCCAUUCGUCUCCAAUAGACAUCUCCGCAUAUACACCAUAGUCUUUGACCGAGAUAACCCCCAAGAGGUCGCACCGUUGGUAUAUGCUCAGGAUAUUUCAAUGAAUGGCACCCUAUGGAAUGGGUACCCCAUGGGGAAAGGGAAUGGGAGCUUUCUUCUCAGGGACGGUGAUAUCCUUCAGCUAUCCCUGAGGGUCUCUCUUUGUUAUCGCUGUGGUGACCAUAAAGAAGACCACUUCGAUAUGCUACAAAAGGUGGAAAUGAGGGUAUUUGAGAACAUGUAUACAGUCACGCAGCGCAAGCUUGGCUCUGGGGCUUAUGGACAAGUUCACAUGGCAUUUGAAAAAGAAACCGGUCAACAACUUGCGUGUAAGAUUAUUGAUCUUCGCGCAUUGAGUGAUAAAUUCUUCCGAGAAGCAGAGGAACAACAGUCCAGGCUCUUCAAGAAGAAACUGCUGUACUCCAGCACUGGGAUCAUGGCAUCUCGUGAAUUCAAGAAACCUUUCUCAAAAAAAGUCCUUGAGAAGUUGAAGGUAUACAACCGCGAAGCUAAGAUUCUAGCAAACCUUUCUCAUCCAAAUAUUAUUGGCAUCGAGAAGGUCAUCAAGUCAAGUAAUACCGUAUAUCUAUUUCAAGAGCUCAUUACGGCCGGCGACUUGUUCUCCUACAUUCAAUACAAGGGCGGAAAGCUAGGCGAUAUCGAAGCGGCCGUCAUUGUGCGGCAGGUUCUAAUGGCAUUGGAGUAUCUACACGACAGGGAUGUCGUUCAUCGAGAUCUAAAACCAGAUAAUAUUCUCAUGACAUCGUUAGCUGACGGGUGUAGAGUUGUACUUACUGAUUUUGGCUGCGCACGAAUGGUACAGCCUUCGACCGGAAGAAUGUCGACCGUGAUUGGCACUUUCGACUACAGUGCUCCGGAAGUGCUUAAAUCGAGUAAACAAGGCUACACAAAAGCAGUAGACCUAUGGUCAUUGGGCUGCGUGACAGCCGUUCUCCUGACUGGAGAAAUACCUUUUAAAGACGCCUUUGCAACUAGCCCUAUAGAUAUUUCUCGGACGCAGGGGAUUGACCAGCUUGAGGCUAAUCUUAAGUGGAAUAACGCGGGGAAACGAGCGGCCGAUUUCGUACGCCGACUCUUAGUAUUUGACGAAACGGAGCGGAUGAAUGUCAAGCAAGCGUUGCACCAUAGCUGGUUCAGUAACAGUGCGCAUAGAAACGAGUUCGAGGCACUUUAUAAACGGUCGAUAGGAAAUUGGAAGCCCCGUGUGCGCAAGGAGACUUUGAUCGUCAAUAUCCGUGAUUUGAUUACGGCGUCGAAGGAAAGAGAGAACAGCAAAUCACAUUCUAGCGGGCUGUUGGGAGUCAACGGGAUCUCAAUUAGGGAUGGUAACCGACCUAUUUAUGAACCAACUGCUCUCUCAACUGCACCAUCUAGUGGAGGGCACAUUUAUAGAGGCUCUACAGUGCUAUCCGUUACUCUUUCAGAUCCGGAACUUCCACCACAUUACAGGAUCGAGGGCCAAGAAAGCAGUCUAGGUCAUUGCUGGAGAAACAUAGACAGUCAAUCCCAGCUGGGGUCUGAUGCAGCUAGCCCCAUGAGUAUGGAAGAGCCUGGGAUGCACGCCGCCGAUCUAGACGAGAGCUCGCAGAUUUCCGAUGAUAACUGGCUCGAAGAGAAAGUCCAGGAAAGCAUAUUCGAACAUAAAGAUACUAUAAAGGGAAAAUAUCUUGCAAAUCAAGGAAUCCAUAUAACUCUGAACCCCAGACCAGAAGACUGGACGCCGAACCCACUGGCUAUGGCGCACGAUAUUAGAGAAUCCCAGGUCAAUACCAGCUCCUGGGAUGGCGAGGAGGUCUACGAGGAAAUUAACAACAUUGUCACUGGAAAACGCCAGCACGUCGUUUAUGGGACGAACAUAUAUCAAGACUUAUAUUCAAGUAUGGUGGAGGUUGAAAGGUAG